AUGAGCGGAAGAAGAAACUCCGACCAUGAUCAUGACAGUCUUCAAUACCACACACCCCGUGGCAACAUACCACACAAAGUGAUGGUACAAGAAAUUGCCAGAGCUCCAGUCGGCGGCACAAGAACGAUGUCCCAAUAUCCUCACAAAUACAAGAAUGAAGAAGGCCCAAAAGGAGCCAAAUACCCUCUCUUCGAUGAUCGAGAGCGACCCCAAAGAUUCAUCAACAAUGAUAAAGGCUACCGACCCGACACAUUAUACGAGUACCCGGUCGUAACGCCAGAUAAAUCAUCUUUCAACUACGACCGAAGGACAACUCCCCUAGAAACGGUACUUCAACCGAUUGCUCCAGCUAAUCGUGCCAGAAUGAUUGAACCGGACCAAAGACAUAACACACCUGGCUGGAUGAGGGGUAUCACUAGUUCAAACAAGACUAUCGUUGGUGGAAUCUACCAUCCAGAGGGAAAUACGAAAGAUUUCGAACGGGCGCAGUUGGAACCGCUCGAUCGCCAGGGAAGAGAACAUAAUCGAAUGCUUCAUGAGCGAGCGCAGCAUGCCCCACGACCACCAACUUGGCCAACUAAAUCAACUAGAUGA